GAAUAUGCUGAUAAGAGAAUUGGCGGCCAUUUGGGUCGCCGUCCUCUUGUGCCAUCUUCAGCUAACGGAGUCUCAGGUUCCUACUACAAAUGUCUUCACCUGUCCAAACGGAUGGGAGCUGCGGGGCAUACACUGUUACAAGUUCUUCAACAUCAGGCAUUCCUGGGAAAAAGCGGCGGAAUUAUGCAGGAGGUACGGGAGCGAGCUGAUGGUGGUGGAGUCGUACAGCGAGAACAACAUGUCGGCGAGCAUGAUCGGCCGGCACUUGGAUCGUUACUGGCUCGGUCUCGCCUCCCUCGACGAUUUACGGACCAACACGCUCGAGUCCGCUGCGGGAAUGCUCGUCUCCCAAUAUGCCGGUUUCUGGGCGCCGCGGCAGCCGAAUCCGCAUUCGGGCGAGUGCGUGGACGUCGCUCUGACGGACGACCGACAAACGUGGGAACUGACCACGUGCGAGUCGCUUCUCCCUUUCAUGUGUCGUGCCAACGCCUGUCCAUCCGGUUCGUUCCACUGCUCGAAUGGCAAAUGCAUCAAUGCGGCAUUCAAGUGCGACAAGCAGGAUGACUGCGGCGAUUAUUCCGAUGAGUUGGACUGUCCGGCUAACUGCCAGUAUUACAUGGCGAGCAGCGGCGACGUCGUGGAAAGCCCGAAUUACCCGCACAAGUAUGGACCCCUCAGCAAUUGCAAGUGGACGCUGGAAGGGCCUCAAGGGCACAACAUCCUGUUGCAGUUUCAAGAAUUCGAGACCGAGAAGAGCUUCGACAUAGUGCAGAUCCUCGCAGGCGGUAGAACCGAGGAGAAAUCUAUGAACGUUGCGACUCUCUCCGGCAAGCAGGAACUUAGCAAUCAGCUGUUCGUCUCAGGUUCGAAUUUCAUGAUCAUAAAAUUCAGCACCGAUGCAUCAGUGGAGCGAAAGGGUUUUCGAGCUUCCUGGAAGACGGAGCCGCAAAACUGCAGCGGAACUCUUAGAGCGACGCCACAAGGACAGGUGCUCACGUCACCAGGAUAUCCGCAAAAUUAUCCGGGAGGACUCGAAUGUCUGUACACCCUGCAGGCCCAGCCGGGACGCAUACUGUCUCUGGAGAUCGAGGAUUUGGAUCUUGAAAUGAAUCGGGACUACAUUCUUAUAAGGGAUGGAGACUCGCCCAUGAGCCGACCGAUCGCGCGUCUUACGGGAAAAUCGGAGGAUAAUCCAAAUAAAGUGAUCAUGUCUACCGGAAAUAAUUUGUAUCUGUACUUCAAGACGAGUCUCGGUGAUUCCAGGCGAGGUUUCAGUAUCCGCUUCACACAGGGUUGUAAGGCAACGAUCAUCGCGAGAAACGGGACGGUUCAGUCGCCUUCUUACGGCCUUAAUGAUUAUCCUAACAAUCAGGAAUGCUUAUAUAAAAUCAGAAAUCUGGACAGAGGACCAUUGUCUCUGAAAUUCACCGAUUUCAAUGUUCAUCAGACUGAUUAUGUGCAGAUAUACGACGGCUCGAAUACAAACGGCCUCCGCUUGCAUCCCGAAGGCGGUUUUACCUCUAAUACUCGACCCAAAAUCACGCUCACUGCUGAAAGCGGAGAAAUGCUUGUCAGGUUCGCCUCCGACGCUUUGCACAGUAGUUCCGGCUGGCAAGCUGAAUUUUCUGCUGACUGUCCGCCGUUACAACCCGGCGACGGUGCCUUAGCGUCGAGUCGGGACACCGCUUUCGGUACGGUAGUUACAUUCUCAUGUCCGCUGGGACAAGAGUUCGCCACGGGAAAAUCGAGAAUUUCCACGGAAUGCCUACCCGGAGGAAACUGGUCUAUUACGUAUAUUCCCAAAUGUCAGGAAGUAUAUUGUGGUCCUGUACCUCAGAUCGAUAACGGAUUUUCCAUUGGCUCUACCAAUGUUACUUAUCGAGGACUAGCAACUUAUCAGUGCUAUGCGGGAUUCGCAUUUCCCUCUGGACGACCGACUGAAAAAAUCUCGUGCUUGGCUGAUGGAAGAUGGGAAAAGAAACCAUCCUGUUUAGCAUCGCAGUGUGCUCCGCUGCCAGAGGCUCCUCACUCCAACAUAACUAUUCUGAACGGAGGUGGUCGAAGUUAUGGCACAAUUGUCAGGUUCGAGUGCGAGCCCGGCUACGUGCGAAGCGGACACCCCGUAAUUCUAUGCAUGAGUAACGGCACCUGGUCCGACGAAGUACCCACGUGCUCUCGUGCCACAUGUCCAAUAUUACCCACGAUUAAAAAUGGUUUCGUCGUCGAUAUCGGUAGAGAUUACUUCUUUGGCGAUGAAGCUAGGGUACAGUGUAACAGAGGCUAUAAGCUAACGGGAUCGAACAUUAUACAAUGCGGGCCUUAUCAACGAUUCGAUAACGUGCCGACCUGCGAAGAUAUAAACGAGUGUGCAUCGAGCCAAUGCGACCUAGCGUCUACCGAGUGCAUAAACAAUCCCGGUGCAUUUACCUGCAAGUGCAAGUCAGGUUUUGCGCCAACGAUGGAGUGCCGGCCUAUCGGUGAUCUCGGUCUUAUCAAUGGUGGCAUUCCUGACGAAUCGAUCACGGUUUCGAGCUCGGAAAAUGGCUACACGAAGACCGGAAUUCGUUUGAACAAUGGCGACGGCUGGUGCGGUAACAAUAUCGAACCGGGUGCGAACUGGGUGAUAAUCGAUAUGAAAGCACCAACGAUUAUCCGCGGUUUCCGCACGCAGGUAGUCGCCAGGAUCGACGGGAACAUCGCUUACACAUCGGCUGUGCGAAUUCAGUACACAGAUGAUAUAACAGACGCCUUUAAGGACUACACGAAUCCGGAUGGCACACCAGUAGAAUUCAGAAUUCUGGAACCGAUACUGUCCGUGCUGAAUCUGCCUGUGCCGAUCGAGGCACGCUACGUGAGAUUCAGGAUACAGGACUAUGCGGGCGCGCCGUGCAUGAAGUUGGAGAUAAUGGGCUGCACCAGGCUGGAGUGUACCGAUAUAAACGAAUGCGUGAUUAGAAAUGGUGGCUGUCAUCAGAAAUGUAUCAAUAGCCCUGGCAGUUAUUCUUGCAUGUGCAACACGGGCUUCGAACUGUACAAAGGCAACGGCACGGCUGGGUUCAAUCUGGCAAAGUCGGAGUUCGGCGAGAGAGACGGUGAUCUGUACCAGAGAAAUAAAACGUGCGUGCCAUUGAUGUGCCCGCCCUUAACAGCACCGGAAAAUGGAAAAUUGUUGUCAACUAAGGAGCAGCAUCAUUUUGGUGAUCUCGUAAGAUUCCAGUGUAACUUCGGUUACGUACUAUCCGGAUCUUCAGCUGUGAUCUGUACUUCCUCCGGUGUCUGGAACGGAACUAUCCCCGAAUGUCAAUAUGCAAAGUGCGUGUCGCUACCAGAUGACAAGAACGAGGGCCUUUCCGUGAUUCGAAGCGACGAAGCCAGCGUGUUGGUGCCCUUCAAGCAGAACGUCACCCUGAAAUGUGGCAGUAAUGGUCGCUACUUGCGCAACACCGCGACGUCCGGUUUCCGGCAGUGCGUAUACGAUCCCAAGCACGGCUUGCCUGAUUACUGGUUGUCCGGCUUACCGGCGGCUUGCCCUCGCGUGGAUUGCGGCAAGCCUCUUCCCACGCCUGGCGCCGAGUAUGGCACAUAUCUAGACACCAAGUAUCAAUCCUCCUUCUUCUUCGGCUGUCAAGACACCUUCAAGCUCGCCGGUCAGACCAACCGCAACGACAACGUCGUGCGAUGCCAGGCGAACGGUGUUUGGGACUUUGGCAAUCUGCGAUGCGAGGGACCAGUUUGCGAAGACCCCGGCCGACCGAGCGAUGGUUAUCAGGUGGCGCGCAGCUAUGAGCAAAGCUCGGAGGUGCAGUUCGGCUGCAGCAGACCCGGCUAUAUCCUCAUCAAUCCGCGACCGAUCGUCUGCAUCCGCGAGCCCGAGUGCAAAGUCAUAAAACCACUCGGCCUGACAUCCGGCCGGAUACCGGACUCGUCGAUAAACGCCACUUCUGAGAGGCCGAACUACGAGGCGAGAAACGUCCGACUGAACUCCGUGACCGGUUGGUGCGGCAAACAGGAGGCCUUCACUUACGUGAGCGUCGAUCUCGGUCGCGUCUAUCGUGUGAAAGCGAUCCUGGUGAAGGGUGUAAUUACCAACGAUAUCGUCGGCAGGCCUACGGAAAUCCGGUUCUUCUACAAGAGGACGGAGAAAGAUAACUACGUGGUCUAUUUCCCGAACUUCAAUCUAACCAUGCGCGAUCCCGGAAACUACGGUGAACUCGCGAUGAUCACUCUGCCCAAGUUUGUUGAUGCGCGUUUCGUUAUCCUCGGCAUCGUCAGCUACAUGGACAACGCUUGUCUGAAAUUCGAGCUAAUGGGAUGUGAGGAUCCGGUGACCGAGCCGCUGUUGGGCUACGAUUAUGGAUUCUCGCCCUGUGUGGACAACGAGCCGCCGGUUUUCCAAAAUUGCCCGCAGCAACCGAUAAUCGUGCAAAAAGGAGCGGACGGCGAAUUGUUACCGGUGAACUUUACCGUGCCAAUAGCCAUCGACAACAGUGGCAGUAUCGCGCGGUUGGAAGUAAAACCGCAAAAUUUCAAAACUCCCAUCCGGAUCUUCGAGGACACGGUCGUGAAAUACGUGGCCUUCGAUUACGACGGCAACGUCGCCAUUUGCGAGAUCAACAUCACCGUGCCAGACGUGACUCCACCGAAAUUAAGUUGCCCUCAGAGCUACGUCAUCGAAUUGAUCGAUCGACAGGAGAGUUAUUCCAUCAAUUUCAAUGAAACGCGAAGGCGUAUUAACGCCACGGACGCGUCCGGCCCCGUGAAAAUCAAUUUCGUACCGGAACGCGCGGUGAUCCGAAUCGGCGGCUUUGAGAACGUUACGGUAUAUGCAACGGACACGAGCGGUAACAGAGCGACUUGCCAUUUCCAAGUAUCGGUCCAGGCGACACCAUGCGUCGAUUGGGAGCUGAAACCACCGGCUAACGGUGAUUUAAAAUGCGUCCCCGGAGACAAGGGCAUGCAGUGCAUAGCUACUUGCAAGGCUGGAUACAGAUUUACGGAUGGUGUACCUGUAAAAUCAUACGCAUGUGACGUUAACAAACGAUGGGUGCCCACGUCGAUGGUCCCUGACUGCGUUUCCGAGAACACGCAACAGGCUGAUUAUCACGUAACUGCCUCGGUAAGUUAUCGCGCAAACGGCGCAGUCUCACGAUCCUGCUUGCCAAUGUAUCAGGAUCUCAUGUCUCAGUAUUACAUAAACUUGAACACUAUCUUGACGCAACGCUGUUCCGCUAUCAGUGUGAACGUGAACGUUUCCUUCGUGAAAUCGAUGCCUUUCUUAAUCGAAGAAAAUCUUCUCAAGAUGGACUUCGUCUUAGUGAUCGUACCAGCGGUACGUCAACCAAAGUUGUACGAUCUGUGCGGCUCCACGCUAAAUCUGAUCUUCGAUCUGUCAGUCCCGUAUGCAAGUGCAGUGAUCGAGCCUCUAUUGAACGUCUCCGCGAUUGGCAAUCAAUGUCCACCUCUUCGUGCUCUCAAAUCGUCCAUCAGCAGAGGUUUUACUUGCAGCGUUGGUGAAGUACUGAACAUGGACACCAACGACGUUCCUCGUUGCCUGCACUGCCCCGCCGGAACCUUCGCCGGUGAGAAACAGAAGCAGUGCACAUCCUGCCCGAAGGGCUUCUACCAAAAUAGUGAUCGUCAGGGAGCUUGUCUGCGUUGUCCAUUUGGAACAUACACGAAAGAAGACGGGUCAAAGAGCAUAGACGACUGCAUACCGGUUUGCGGUUACGGCACAUAUUCGCCCACUGGCCUCGUGCCCUGUCUAGAGUGCCCGAGGAACAGUUAUACUGGCGAGCCACCGAUAGGAGGCUACAAGGACUGCCAGACCUGUCCAGCUGGAACGUUCACCUAUCAACCGGCCGCUCCUGGUCGCGAUCGCUGUCGUGCCAAGUGCUCCCCCGGCAUGUACUCAGACACAGGACUUGCCCCAUGCGCUCAGUGUCCCAAGCAUUUCUUCCAACCGCAACAUGGCGCAAUUACCUGCGUCGAGUGCCCCACGAACAUGUACACGGACAGCUCAGGCGCGGUGGGCCGCGAGGAAUGCAAGCCUGUUCAAUGUACUGACAGCGUAUGCCAGCAUGGUGGCCUCUGCGUGCCUAUGGGACACGGCGUGCACUGCUACUGUCCGGCCGGAUUUUCUGGGAGACGCUGCGAGGUCGACAUCGACGAGUGCGCGUCCCAACCGUGUUACAACGGUGCCACUUGCAUAGAUCUGCCGCAGGGAUACAGGUGCCAAUGCGCCAACGCCUAUUCCGGUAUCAACUGCCAGGAGGAGAAGACUGAUUGCGCGAACGACACGUGCCCGGAAAGAGCUAUGUGCAAGGAUGAGCCUGGGUUUAACAAUUACACUUGUCUCUGCAGAUCUGGCUAUACCGGAGUCGAUUGCGAUAUCACUAUAAAUCCUUGCACUGCCAGUGGAAAUCCUUGUCACAAUGGCGCGAACUGCGUAGCACUUCAGCAGGGUCGCUACAAGUGCGAAUGCCUGCCGGGAUGGGAAGGUCAGAGCUGUGAGAACAACACCGAUGAUUGUGCCGAACGACCCUGUCUACUCGGCGCCAAUUGUACCGACCUGAUCGCCGACUUCUCGUGCGACUGUCCACCCGGCUUCACUGGCAAGCGCUGCCACGAGAAAAUUGAUUUAUGCUCAGGCAAUCCUUGCUUGAACGGGAUCUGCGUGGACAAGCUGUUCCACCACGAGUGUAUCUGCCACCCAGGAUGGACCGGCGCGGCCUGUGAAACCAACAUCAAUGAGUGCGCGUUGAAACCCUGCCGAAACAAUGGCCAGUGUAUCGAUCAGAUUGAUGACUACACAUGCACUUGCGAGCCUGGUUACACGGGCAAGCAGUGCCAACACACCAUCGACGAUUGCGCCUCCGAUCCCUGCCAGAACGGUGCCACGUGCAUAGAUCAGCUGGAAGGAUUCGUCUGCAAAUGCAGGCCUGGCUUCGUUGGGCUGCAGUGCGAAGCAGAGAUUGAUGAGUGCUUAAGCGAUCCUUGCAACCCGGUUGGCACAGAUCGCUGCGUCGACUUGGACAACACCUUUGUUUGCCACUGUCGUGAGGGCUAUACCGGUGCCUCCUGCGAGAUCAACAUCGACGACUGCGCGUCUGAUCCAUGCUUGAAUGGCGCAACGUGCAGAGACGAAGUUGGAGGCUUCAAGUGUAUUUGCCCAGAAGGAUGGGCCGGUUUGUUCUGUCAAACGGAUGUUGGCAUGUGUCAAAAUCGACCGUGCCAGAACGACGCCACUUGCGUGGACCUGUUCCUGGAUUACUUCUGCGUCUGUCCAUCUGGUACCGAUGGCAAACAAUGCGAAACGGCACCAGAACGCUGCAUUGGAAACCCGUGUAUGCAUAAUGGUCGCUGUCAGGACUUCGGCUCGGGCCUGAACUGCACUUGUCCCGAUGAUUACACGGGUAUCGGUUGCCAAUAUGAAUACGACGCCUGUCAGGCUGGAGCUUGCAAGAACGGUGCCACUUGCAUCGACGAAGGUCCAGGAUUCACUUGCAUAUGCCCUCCAGGAUACACAGGACCUACCUGCGAGGACGAUAUAAUCGACUGUAAAGAGAAUUCUUGUCCACCGUCGGCAACUUGCAUUGAUCUCACUGGUAAAUUCUACUGUCAGUGUCCGUUCAACUUAACUGGCGAUGAUUGCAGAAAAUCCAUCCAAGUGGACUACGAUUUGUACUUCAGUGAUCCCGGACGCAGCAGCGCCUCGCAAAUCAUUCCAUUCUUUACUGGUUCGACAAAGAGCUUGACUGUUGCCAUGUGGGUGCAAUUUACGCAGAGAGACGAGGCUGGAAUUUUCUUUUCUCUUUAUGGUGUCAGCUCGCCGCACGUCCCGACAAAUCGCAGACUUAUGAUCCAGGCACAUAGCAACGGAGUCCAAGUAUCUCUCUUCCACGACCUGCAAGACGUCUAUCUGCCAUUCAGAGAGUACGCAACCAUAAACGACGGACAAUGGCAUCACGUUGCGGUUGUAUGGAAUGGUGAAAACGGUGGAGAACUCAUUCUCAUCACGGAAGGCCUCAUUGCCAGCAAGACCGAGGGUUACGGCAGCGGCCGAUCACUACCAGCAUACGCAUGGGCAGUGUUAGGAAAGCCGCAGAGCGAGAACAUGAAGGGUUACACGGAAUCAGGUUUCCAGGGUCACCUGACGAAGGUGCAAGUUUGGGGCCGUGCAUUACACGUGACAAACGAGAUCCAGAAACAAGUACGCGACUGCCGAACGGAACCGGUUCUCUAUCAGGGUCUGGUGCUGACGUGGGCAGGAUACGACGAGACCGUAGGCGGAGUCGAGAGAGUCGUACCAUCACACUGCGGACAGAGAGUGUGCCCGCCCGGUUACGGCGGUAACAAGUGUCAACAGCUCGAGGCUGACAAGAUACCACCCAAGAUGGAACAUUGUCCUGGCGAUCUCUGGGUAAUUGCGAAGAACGGAUCAUCCAUCGUCACCUGGGACGAGCCGCGCUUCAGUGACAACGUUGGAAUCGUCAAGAUUCAGGAGAAGAACGGACAUAGAUCCGGCCAGACUCUACUCUGGGGCACUUACGACAUCAGUUACGUGGCUUACGAUCAGGCCGGAAACUCGGCUAGCUGCAGUUUCAAAGUUUACGUGCUGUCGGACUUCUGUCCGGUGUUGGAUGACCCCAUCGGUGGCACGCAACAGUGCAAAGAUUGGGGCUCGGGUGGUCAGUUCAAGGUCUGCGAGAUUUUCUGUAACGACGGACUUCGGUUCUCGCAGGAAGUACCUAAGUUCUAUACGUGCGGUGCCGAAGGCUUCUGGAGACCAACCAACGAUCCCAGCCUACCUCUGGUCUAUCCUGCUUGCACGAGCGCUACAUCAGCCCAGAGAGUCUUCAGAAUUAAAAUGAACUUCCCCACAUCGGUUCUCUGCAACGAGGCUGGUCAGGGCGUACUCAAACAGAAGGUUCGAAAUGCCGUGAAUUCUCUGAAUAGAGACUGGAACUUCUGCUCGUAUUCCUACGAAGGAACUCGCGAGUGUAAGGAUCUUAAUAUCGAUGUACAGUGCGAUCAUCGCAUACGCACGACGAGAGAAACGAGCGAGGAAGACGGUGGGACGUAUGUCGUUUCCGCCGUUGUGCCGGCAGAGCCAACGAGACAGGGUCGCCAAGGCAGUGAUACCUACGAAGUGGAGAUAUCGUUCCCGGCGAUAAACGAUCCAAUCCUGAACGCUAACUCGAACGAGCGCUCCACCGUGCAAAAGUUGCUCGAAAGAUUGAUUCUCGAAGAGGACCAAUUCGACGUCCACGACAUCCUGCCUAACACUGUUCCAGACCCCGCAUCUCUCGUUUUGGAGUCCGACUAUGCUUGUCCGAUCGGCCAAGUUGUCAUGGCACCAGAUUGCGUGCCUUGCGCAGUGGGCACUUAUUACGACGAGGAGACGCAGCAGUGCGUGUCCUGCCCCGUGGGUAGCUACCAGAGCGAGUCCGGUCAACUGAGAUGCAGUUCCUGUCCGGUGAUCGCCGGUCGUCCCAGCGUGACUGUGGGUCCUGGGGCGCGUAGCGCGGCGGACUGCAAGGAACGUUGUCCUGCUGGCAAAUACUACGAUGACGUGGCCGGUCUCUGUCGCAGCUGCGGCCAUGGAUUCUACCAGCCCAGCGAGGGCAGCUUCUCUUGCUUGCUGUGCGGUCUUGGAAAAACUACCAGGACAGCCGAGGCGGUGUCCCGCGAGGAGUGCCGAGACGAGUGCGGUUCCGGACAACAAUUGGCCGUCGAGGGAAAAUGCGAACCUUGUCCUCGCGGCACUUACCGCACUCAAGGAGUCCAGGCGUCCUGCCAAGCCUGUCCUCUCGGCAGAACAACCCCGAACAUGGGAUCCGCCGCCAUCGAGGAGUGCUCGCUCCCGGUCUGCGAGCCGGGAACUCACCUGAACGGCACUCUCAACGAGUGCGUCGAGUGCAAGAAGGGAACGUACCAAUCGGAACCGCAACAAACCUUCUGUAUCCCGUGUCCGCCAAAUACUAGCACUAAAGGACCUGCCGCUACAAGCAAGGCAGACUGCACGAAUCCGUGCGAGACGAGCGGCGAGGAAAUGCACUGCGAUGCAAACGCGUACUGUCUACUCAUACCAGAAACGAGCGACUUUAAGUGCGAGUGCAAGCCCGGAUACAACGGCACCGGAACCGUAUGCACGGACGUGUGUCUCGGCUUCUGCGAUAACGAGGGUGUCUGCCUGAAGGACUCGCGCGGCCAGCCAUCCUGCAGAUGCAGCGGUAGCUUCACCGGCAAGCAUUGCACGGAGAAGUCCGAAUUCUUCUACAUCACCGGCGGCAUAGCGGGAGGUGUUAUCUUGAUAAUCAUCGUGGUGCUGCUUGUCUGGAUGAUUUGCGUCAGAGCCUCCAGGAAAAAGGAACCGAAAAAGAUGCUCACUCCAGCAACUGAUCAGAAUGGCUCUCAAGUGAACUUCUAUUACGGGGCACCAACGCCAUAUGCCGAGUCGAUAGCACCAUCACAUCACAGCACGUACGCUCACUAUUAUGACGAUGAGGAGGAUGGUUGGGAAAUGCCGAAUUUCUAUAAUGAGACUUACAUGAAGGAGAGCCUGCACAACGGCGGCAAAAUGAACAGUCUUGCUCGGUCAAACGCCAGUAUUUACGGCACGAAAGACGAUCUUUACGACAGACUGAAGCGUCACGCGUAUACCGGUAAAAAAGAUAAGAGCGACAGCGACAGCGAAGGCCAGUGACCGGGUAGAACAAUGACUUUCAUGCCAACGUAGGGUACGAAAAAGCGAGAGAUAUCGGUGUAAUCAGACGGGACGACGACGGUAUCUCAUCCUUCGUGCGACGUCGUCGUCGUUGCUUCUCCCGAUCGACGGAUCGUGAUUAUUUAUUACACACCUUGUGACUCAUCUUGUGACGUCCGCGCGAGAUCCGCGGCCGUCCUGAUCGAGCGAUCGGAACUAGGUGAGAAGGCGGAGAAGGAGGGAGAGAGAACGAAAAGGAAGACGGCCCGAUCGGAGCCGUGGGAUCUCGCGUCGAUGCGGAGAGACACGCUUAAAUCGACGAUCAGCGAGCGACGCAAGGGUCCUGGAACGACGAUCGGCCUGCCGAUCGCCGCUUCGGCACGCGUCCGCGCGCGAGAACGGCUCUCCCCCCCCCCGGGAACUCGCGGCCGGGAGAUGCUGCCAGAGCCACAAAACCUGAUGAAAAUGGGACUCCGUCUGUCCUUCGAAGCGAAAUUCGAUGCGUGUUCAAUAAUUAAAGAGACUUACGCGCGUGUGCGCACGCGCGCGCGAGGUUGUAAUUUUUUGUAAUUUAAUACCGCGUAGACGUUAAGGAUCACCCCCUCAAACCUCCAAUCAAUCAACCAACUGCCCCAAACCUCCUCCCAUACUCCCUCCUUCUUAUUAACUCAUAUAAGAUUAAUACGGUGCGUACGUGAGAGGAACUCUGUGUGCUUGUAUGUUAAUAGUAACUUUACGUACGAUGGAUUUAUAUUUUGUUACUCGGAUGGUAUACGCGUUCACGUUGUAAUAUAAUAGUGUGCGGGUGCGCGACACGAGCACGACCGGGAAAGUCCCACGAGUUCUCCGAGUUCAAUCUCAACCAGCGAGAAUGAAAGUAGAUCGGAGCAGGAAGAAGGCGGAGUCUCGUGAAGAACCCUCGUGUGAGAGGAUCGUUUUGUGUCGCGGUGACCGAAAGACAUGUACUCUGAAAAUUUUAUUACUCGGAGCCUCUCACUGGACACGGUGGUUUCUCUCCAUCUCUCUCUGUAAAGACAGGAAUGUGGAGCCACCGGAUGUGACAAACGAUGAACUCUGUGUCCGCGCGGCGGACGUGCACCGAACGAUGCCUACCACGCUGUUUUUCAUUUAUGUUGUAAAAACUUUAACAAAUAGUUGUUUUUUUAUUAAUAAAAUGUAUUUCAAUAAAAUGACUCGAUGUAUUUAA